AUGCAGCCAAAGAUUUCUGAAGGUCAAGAUGAAAGCAAGGUAAAGGCCGAGUUAGAAGUGUUGCUUGAAAAUGGGUGGGAGUUAAACGGAGAGCAAAUACAACUUGGGAAGACGUACUAUUUCAAAACAUACACCAAAGUCCUAGAUCUUCAUACGUGUAUCGGAGUGGGAAGCAAAUCGAAAAACCACCAUUCAAAAAUGAUUACGGAUUUCGGAUCUCUCACCGUGUACUGGACGACACACAAACCCCGCGGCCUUUCUGCUAAGGACACAUUCAUGGCGAGAUAUUGCGACGACCAAGCCCAGCUUAUUGGGACGGUAGGCCAGAGCGACGCCCAAAAGUGUGGCCCUCCCCCAUCUUCACGAAAUGACUAG